UCAAUAUUCCUGGAUUCGUUGGAAAUUCCUCGAAAAUCAAAAAUUAGCUUGAGAGAGAAAUCAGUUUGGAAAUUCUCCUCUCAGGGUUUUUCGAAGAAGAAAAGAGCAAAAGGCAAAAAGCAGAGCUAGAGAGGGCGAGAGGGAAGAAAAAGAGCAUUGAAACCAAAAAUUAAAAAAAAAAAAUGGUGUCGUACAUGAACGCGUUGCUGUAUGGAGUGGGAGGUUUGGUGGUGGCCGGGAUGGCGUUGCUGGUGGCCUUCCAGGAGAGACUCGUCUAUGUGCCCGUCCUACCGGGACUCACCAAGUCCUACCCCAUCACUCCCGCCAGGCUCCGACUCGCCUAUGAGGACGUUUGGCUCCGAUCCUCCGAUGGCGUACGUCUCCAUGCCUGGUUUAUCAAGCUCUUGCCCGAUUGUCGAGGUCCAACCAUUUUGUUUUUCCAAGAAAAUGCUGGAAAUAUUGCACACCGCCUUGAAAUGAUCCGUAUAAUGUUACAGCGAUUGAAUUGCAAUGUAUUCAUGCUUUCAUACAGAGGUUAUGGAGCAAGUGAUGGAUACCCCUCUCAACAUGGAAUUACAAAGGAUGCUCAGGCUGCAUUGGAUCAUCUGUCUCAGAGAACUGACAUUGACACAUCUAGAAUAGUUGUUUUUGGAAGGUCGCUUGGGGGUGCAGUUGGAGCUGUGGUUGCUAAAAAUAACCCGGACAAGGUUGCUGCUCUGAUAGUGGAAAAUACUUUUACAUCUAUUUUGGAUAUGGCUGGUGUUCUGUUGCCUUUCCUGAAGUGGUUCAUUGGAGGCACUGGUUCAACAGGUCCUAAGAUUCUGAAUUUUCUUGUGCGUUCUCCAUGGAAUACCAUUGAUGUCAUGGGACAGAUUAAGCAGCCAAUCCUUUUUCUUUCUGGAAAGCAGGAUGAGAUGAUACCUCCAUCUCAAAUGCAAAUGCUGUAUGCUAAAGCAGCUGCUCAUAACAGGCGUUGUGUUUUCGUGGAAUUUCCUAAUGGCAUGCAUAUGGAUACUUGGCUGGCUGGUGGGGAUCAUUACUGGAGAACAAUUCAGCAAUUCCUUGAACAACAUGCACCAGAGAAGAAAGAAGAUGAAUCAUCUCAUAAUGAUGAUGAUAAGGGGACAAGGUGAUUGGAUGGGGAUUGAUACUUCAGAAGUUUCAUAUAUUGGCUCCCCAACGACUCAAAAACUUUUUAAACUUUUUUAUUGAAGUUGCAGCAACUGAAAGCUCACUGCGAGGAGAAUACCGCCUUUGCCAAGAGGAGCUCGCCCCAUGGUCGGACUAAGGGCUACAGUAGAGGAAGGACAACCUUAGAAUAUAAGAUUUUUUAUAUUUCACAAUUUUUGGCUGUAACGAUUACCGUAGUGUGCGAAUGCUUUUGCAUUUGGAAAUAUGAAGUAACACUAGAUCAGUGGAAUCAUUAUCAAUAAAUAGUCAACUCUAUGUGAUGGAUAUUAACUGAAUAUACAAAAUGUUUGCCAGUAA